GAAGCAAGUUAAAUCAUAACUUCGUCGAACUUCAAUAUAAUAUCAAUUUCCAAAAACCCGAAAAGGAGCAUCCAAAAUCUCGGCCCGCGGUUUGAUUUCCUGGAUGAGCACGACGUCGUUUAUGGACAAGCAGUAAUGGAUCUGUCGCAGGGAUCAGCGCAGCAGCAGCACCACCAGAACGACGACUUCAUCAACCUGAUGAAGAUUGACAGCAACACCAGCAACAGCCACCUCGAAGGCGGAGGAGAAGAAGAGUAUCAGGUCGGCGGGGGCGGCCAUGGAAGUGGGAUUUACAACAAGGAGAAUCAGGAUAUGCUUCCCAGCUACGAUUUCCAGCCGAUUCGCCCCGUCGUCGGUGCUUCUUCUCCGUCGCCGAGUUUCGAUGCCGCGCCUAAUCUUGGAGGAGGAGGACCGACCAGGGCGUGGAACUCCGGCGAGUCCAAGUCGAACGCUGCAUCUCCAAUCAGAAAUUAUGGGUCAAUGGAUUCCCUUGAACCUGCAAAACUUGUUUUAGAGAAGGACCGCAAUGUCGUAAUUCUGUCAGAGAUUGACCAGACCAUGAAGAAGCAUGCUGAUAAUUUGCUACAUGUGCUGGAAGGUGUUAGUGCACGACUAACACAACUAGAGAGCAGAAGCCGCAAUCUUGAGAAUUCUGUCGAUGAUUUGAAGGGUAUACUUAGAGAUGUGCAAACAGAUGUUAAGGAUUUGAAGGAUGCGCAAGAAAUGGUAGAACUGAAUCUUGCAAGGAUACAAGUAUCGAAUACAAAGAUAGACCCUCAACUGGAAUCUCAGAAUGCUGGACAACGACAUACUGAGCAGACAGCCGCCUCUGCUCCUCAACAUUCUCAUCAACAACAUCCCCCCAUGAACCUUCCUCCCUCACUUCCUGGUGUUUCUUAUCCAAAUGCUCCUCCCCAACCUAUCCCCCAAAAUGCACCACAUGCGGUUCAACUUCCAAAUCAGUUUUCUCAGAACCAGAUCCCUCCUGUCCCUCAGAGAGACCCUUAUUUCCCAGCACCUGGUCAAACUCAAGAAGCCCCAAAUCAUCAAUACCAGUUACCUCCAGGUCAGCAGCCUGCCCCCCUUCCUCCAGUGCCACCGCAUCAACAAUUUCAACCUACCACUCAACCACAGUAUUCCCAGCCGCCACCCCAGCUGCCUCAACAGCACCCUUCGCUUGCACCUGUUAAUCCCUCUCAAAUCCAGCCUAAAUUAGGCCACCACACUGAAGAGUCACCUUAUAUCCCUUCCCAGAACUACCCACCAAGUCUUCGCCAGCCACCUUCUCAUACACCCAGCGGUCACCCCCCUUCCCAACAGUAUUACAGUCCAGCUUCAAAUGCAUAUGAGCCACCUUCUAGCAGACCCAGUGCAGGGUAUCCUUCCGGGUAUAACCCUCCAUCUGGGCUUGGUGAAUCGUACCAAUACGGUGGACCACCUUCUCAAUAUGGCGGUAGCUCCACAAUGCAACCACAACAUCACUCUUCUUCUGCUACAGCUCAAAGUGGAGGCAGUGGUUACCCACAGCUCCCAACUGCUCGGGUGCUACCACAUGCCAACCCUACUCCAUCUGGGGCGGGUGGCAGUCCACCUUCAUCCGGUAGUGGAAACAGAGUACCCAUUGACGAUGUGAUUGACCAAGUGGCAACUAUGGGUUUCUCCAGAGACCAAGUUAGGGCUGCAGUUCGGAAGCUGACAGACAGCGGCCAGUCAGUUGACCUCAAUGUGGUGCUAGAUAAGAUGAUGACUGACAGCGAUGUUCAGCCACCCCGAGGAUGGUAUGGCCGAUAGUCUGGUGUGGGUUUCGGACUGAUGUACAUGAAGUAUCACUUGUUCCUAGAUCAUCUAUCGCUCGGAACUUAGGAGACUACAACCCUUUAUGUGCUUUGCUUUUUGUCUUAUAUUUUCAUCUCUCACUCUAUAUAACUACCUCUCAAUACACAAUUUCUCUUUUUGGUGCGGGUGCUAAUAUUAGUAUUGCGGAUUUUCCCUUUUCUA